AUGGCUUGGACCCCAGCGCUAUAUGACACCCCUGCCUCCCGGCUGGACUCCUUUGUGGCCCAGUGGCUGCAGCCCAGCCGGGAAUGGAAAGAAGAUGUCCUGGAGGCUGUACAGACCGUGCAAAAAUUCCUGAGGGAAGAGCACUUUGAGGGGGAGCAUGGGCUCGACCAGAAGGUGCGAGUGCUGAAGGUGGUCAAGGUAGGCUCCUUCGGGAACGGUACGGUGCUCAGGAGCACCUCGGAGGUGGAACUGGUGGUGUUCCUGAGCUGUUUCCACAGCUUUCAGGAGGAGGCCAAGCAUCACCAAGCCAUUCUGAGUCUGAUAUGGAAAAGGCUGUGGUGUUGCCAGGACCUACUGGCCCUUGGGCUCGAGGACGUGGAGAUAGUCCAAGGAGUCCCCGAUGCUCUCAUCUUCACCAUCCAGACCAGGGAGACUGCGGAGCUCGUCACUGUCACCAUCGUGCCUGCCUACAGGGCCCUGGGGUCUUCUGUUUCCACCUCUCAGCCACAUCCUGAGGUCUAUGUGAGUCUGAUUGAGACCCAUGGUUACCCCGGAAAUUUCUCGCCAUCCUUCAGUGAGCUGCAGAGAAACUUUGUGAAACAUCGGCCAACCAAGCUGAAAAGCCUUCUGCGGCUGGUAAAACACUGGUACCUGCAGUACGUGAAAGCCAAGUGCCCGAGGGCCGCGCUGCCCCCUGUCUAUGCCCUUGAGCUGCUGACCAUCUAUGUCUGGGAGACGGGUGCUGAGGAGAGUGAGAGCUUCCGGCUGGACGAGGGCUUCACCACUGUGAUGGAAAUGCUCCGGGAGUACAGGUUCCUCUGCAUCUACUGGACCAAGUACUACACGUUCCAGAACCCAGUCAUCAAGGCCUUUGUCAGAAAUCAGCUCAAAAGAGACAGGCCCAUCAUCCUGGACCCGGCCGACCCUACCCACAAUGUGGCGGAAGGGUACAGAUGGGACAUCGUCUCUCAGAGGGCCUCCCAGUGCCUGAAACAGUACUGUUGCUAUGACAACAGGGAGACUCCAGUCACCAGCUGGGCGGUGAAGAGGGCACGAGACAUUGAAGUGACCGUGGAACAGUGGGGUUACUCAGACUUGAUCCUCACAGUGAACCCUUAUGAGCCCAUAAAAAAGGUUAAAGAGAAGAUCUGGCAGAGCUGGGGCUGCUCGGGCCAACAGCAUCUGUCCUUCCAGGAGCCUGAUGGCAAGCGACAACCCCUCAAUAACCAGGGAUCCUUGGCCUAUUACGGCAUCUUUUCCAACAUCCGCAUCUGUCUGGUGGAGACCAUCUCCCCCGAGAUCCAGGUCUUUGUGAAUCAUCCCAAUGAGGGGAGCCAUGCCUAUGCCAUUGAUCCCAAAAGCUUCAUCAUGGGCCUGAAGCAGCAGAUUGAAGACAAACAAGGGCUGCCCAGAAGGCAGCAGCAGCUGGAGAUCCAAGGUCAAGUCCUGCAGGAUUGGUUGUCUUUGUGCAGCUAUGGUAUCCAGGACGGUGACACUCUCAUCCUUUCUGAGAAGAAAGCUGGAAAGUUUCCUUUUCCACCCAGCUAAUCCAGGACUCAGCAUAUCAACCACUCCUUCCAGCUCUUGCCUGGGGAGCUCCCAUGUCUUCACCAGCUUUGCGAAUAGUGAACCUCGCCCUGCAAGUGGGGGAGUGAGUAGGGAUGAGAGACACUUGCUAUACCAUGGACAAUGGGCAGACCAUACAGGACACUAGAAUUCUGACUCACAGCCUCUGCAGUCCUCUAGCCCAGGAAGCCAAACCACCACCUCUGUAGCAAGCAACCUCAAAUCGUCAGGACUUGGUCGAUCACUGCCAGCUUCCCUAAUUCUAUCUCAUUUCCGACUUAGACUCAACCAGAAAAUUCCAGAUAAGCUCCCUAAGCAAUCACAUAGAAGGCCCUGCUUCUAAUUAGCUGCCUACCGCUUCCCCAUGCCAACAGCUUCAAUCAGAGUGUACCUGAAGCCUUCCCUUUUUUCCCAGCUAUAAAGCUUUCCCUGUCUUGGCAUCUCAACCAGAAGGGAUGGUGGCUGAUUCCCUUGCAAUAGCAAGUUAGAAAUAAAUAACCUUUGUUUAUCCUCUUUUGGGAGAUCUUCA